ACUGGUGAACGCGCAGCUGUUUCAAGAAGGAAAAAUCGAAUAAAAUAAUAGAAAAAUAAUUGUCAUACUUUUGGGAAUCUAGUCUCAAUAUUAUUAUUCUACUUCUCCAGAGCAGCCAAAAGAAAGAGCAUAAAUUGAUCGUCAAAUUUAAUUUUAUAAAAAUUCAUCAGAAAGCCGAGGAAAAUAGUAAAGAACCUUUCUACCAGAGUGCGUGCGACUGAGCCAUGUACAGUUCGAAGAGAUAGCAGCAGGUUAUGAAGUCUCAGAAUCGAAUCCGAGCAGAUUGAUCACUGGCUUUGAUCAUGAAUCUGAAAAGAGGUGACUUUUUUUCUUGGAGAACUGGAGGUUGUGUGCGGCAAGUUUACCAUGGGUGUAGUUCGUGAUUUUCUUUUGGAAAAGAAAAUUGAAAUUUCCUUGUUAGAUUGGCGGUUGAUUCAUUAAAGGUGGUUGUUUAGAUGGUACUGGCAUAUAACACAUUUUAAUCCUCUCCAAAACCCCUUAGGGUUUAAAGUGAGAAACUGGGUUUCCUUUCACAAUCCAGAUGGGGGUUUCUCUUUCUAUGUUUGUAAGAAUCAAGCUGAUCCUGUUAUUGGGUAGUCGUAGUUAAGUCUUAUUCUUGAAUGUGAUGACCCUUAAAAUUGAUGCUUGAUGCACAGAUAAGCCAGCAAUUCAUUGGCUUGGGUUUGUAGAACUUUUGAUACUGCCCAUUUGAUCUUUUUGGAAAGAGACUAUAAUUCAAACCCUUUUUUUUUCAGUCUAAGAGCUGUUACUCUUUUGUUUCAUCUGAACCCCACACUUUUCUCUGGAUUCCAGCAAUGGUGGAAAAGGGCAUGCUUCCCUCGAGGUUUCUUUUCUACUUAGUAACCAUUUCUAUGUUCCUUUUGAUCCUUUCAUCUGUGUUCCUUCUCGAAUUUAGAAAUACUUCCAUCAUACCCACAUCGGUAUUUAAGCUUUUCCUUGUUAAUAGCUCAUCAGCUGACAUCAAACCCAAUAUCAGAAGUGAACAAACGACACUUCCUUUGAUCCCUUCUGGGGAUACACAAAUUAAUUCUGAAAGGUCCAUGAGAAGUGGAAGAUUGGGAUGUCAGGUGAACAAUUCGAGUAGGGAAAUCUCUUCUCUAGGAAAGCAUAGAAAUAUUGUCUGCGAUGCUACUCAGGCUCUCUUGAGAGUGUUUAUGUACAACUUGCCUCCGGAAUUCCACUUUGGACUGGUGGGUUGGAAGGGGAGGGUGAAUCAGACAUGGCCAAAUGUCAAUAACCCAAGUCGGAUCCCAUCAUACCCAGGUGGGCUGAAUUUACAACACAGUAUAGAGUACUGGCUUACCCUUGAUCUUUUGUCUUCGAACACCCCAAAUGUUGUUAGAUCCUGCACCGCCAUAAGAGUGAAGAAUUCAAGUCUAGCAGAUGUCAUUUUUGUUCCAUUCUUCUCAUCUUUGAGUUACAACAGGCAUUCUAAGCUUCAUCGCAAGGAGAAAGUUAGUCUUAACCAGAUAUUGCAGGAAAAAUUGGUUAAGUUUUUGAAGGGUCAGGAAGAAUGGAAGCGAUUGGGUGGAAAGGAUCAUCUAAUUAUUGCCCACCAUCCAAAUAGCAUGUUAGAUGCAAGAAGCAAGUUGGGUUCAGCCAUGUUUGUACUCGCAGAUUUUGGAAGAUACCCAGGUGACAUUGCGAAUCUUGGGAAGGACAUAAUUGCUCCUUACAGGCAUUUAGUGAGGACCAUCCCCAAUGGCGAAUCAGCCCCAUUUGAUAAACGUCCUAUAUUGGCAUAUUUCCAAGGGGCAAUAUACAGGAAAGAUGGAGGAAUCAUUCGCCAAGAACUAUUUUACCUUCUCAAAGAUGAGAAGGAUAUACACUUCACAUUUGGCAGCAUUCGAGCAAAUGGGAUUAACAGUGCAGGCCAAGGGAUGUCAUCAUCCAAGUUCUGCCUAAAUAUUGCUGGAGACACCCCUUCCUCAAAUCGUCUCUUUGAUGCCAUUGCAAGUCAUUGUGUUCCUGUGAUCAUUAGCGAUCAGAUUGAGCUACCAUUCGAAGAUGUCUUAGACUACUCAGAGUUUUGCUUAUUUGUCCGUGGAUCUGAUGCUGUAAAAAAGGGUUACUUACUGAAACUUCUUAGAGGAAUUAAGCAAGACAAGUGGACCAGAAUGUGGGAAAAAUUGAGGGAGAUUGCGCAUCAUUUUGAAUACCAGUAUCCAUCCAAGCCUGGGGAUGCUGUGGAUAUGAUUUGGGAAGAAGUUUCACGCAAGAUAUCUUCAAUUCGUUUUAAACUCCACAGGAAUAACAGAUACAGCAGAUCUCAGUUUCGACUACAGAAUGAUUCAUUCUCUUAAGAGAGUCCGAGUUUUCUUGACCUUGGAGUAUAUGGAAAAUCACCAAAAAUCGGCUAGAUGAAGGGCUUAUUAGAGAGGCACAAGCUUAGUCAGUUUGAAGAUCUGUUAGUGCUUUUGUUCGCUUAUAAUCACACCACUGGUAAUUUUGAUUUAUUUCAAUUCUUUUAGAUUUACAAUUACCUUUGGUGUUCUGAUUAUCUGAUUAUCAAUUAUUUUAGAUUUACAAUUGCGGCUUCAUCCUCCUUUGAAACACACUACCCAGCAUAAAAUUGAACAAGGAAAGACCAAGUACUAUAUACCAAAGCUUACCUGAGUUCACAAACCAAGUUUUGGAAAAGUGCAUCAGAUAUUAAUUUGAGCAAGCAUGCAAUGGGAUAAAAUAACACGAAGAAUUGGCAAAAAAACUCACGAAAAAUGCUUUCUUUAGUUAACUGUAACAAUGCAAGAAGAGUCACCAAUGCAAAUGUUUUGAAAUUCACGUCUUUUCGCAUAUAGAAAAUUUGCUAUAUAUUGUAUAUGUAUGAGCCACAUACUCCUGUAUCCUACUCAGCUGGUUGUUAGGACUUUCAAGAUUCUAAGAAACAACGAUACUACCGGCUCACAGAUUGGUUUAAGCUGCAAUUCUUCAGCUUGACAAAAAAACUUGGACUGAAACAAAUGGAAAUAGAGAAAUUCAACCAAACCGCUUCAAGGAAUUACUGAGGAAGCAGGAUGCCAACCACCCUUGUGUUUCUCUCUGCAUCAGGUAUAGCCACUAGCGUCUCUUCCUUUGAGAUGCCCCCUUACCACCUCCCUCUCCACAGUAGAAGAUAAAGCUUCAGCAUGUCAACACCUAUUAUGAAUAGGGUCUGAUCCUUUUCGAACUCGCCUUUUGUUCGACUGAUUUGGAUCGAACAUUAUUGAAGGUGCAGGUGCCAAACUGAGCUUUGUAUGUGUGUCCUCCACAGCAACAGCCUCUUGGACUCGCAAAUGUUCAAGAAAUGGUAAUUGUACUUUGUCCCAUUUCAGAGCAAGGCCAAUGCUUCUCAGGCCUGCAACCUCAUCUGGUUGAAGAGCUAAAACCCCCAUACAAACAAGAAGAAUGACUCCUCUACAAACCAAAGGACCCAUAUGCUUGUACUCUGCAAAAACAAGAAUAUGUCGUGUGUCUGAACUUCCUAUUGCUUAUGCCUUAUUCCCUCCUAUAAAAAUAAGCCUGAGGUUUAUCUUUUAUGGGAUUUGGAAUGCUAAAAGCAUAAAGCACAAGGUGGCCCCACAGAACAUGUAGGGAAGUUUUAGAUUCACCUCAAUCAUAAGCCUGCCACAGAAGCAAUAAAAGGCUGUUUUGGAAGACUCUGACGGGUUUGAAUGAAAAGAUUGUUUGGAACAC